CUUCCACUUUUGGGUGUGUGCCUAAUGUACCUGCACGAGGCAUUUGCUUCGAAAAAUGCUAGAAAUAAUGGAAAUUAACAACUUGAAAUUAGAGGAAGGACAUUUUGUUGCUUUAACGUCUGCCCUGGAGUAAAAGUUCAGCCUCAGCUGCACCUGCGAGUCAGAAAUGACUCGUCUGCAUUUCUUCCUCUUUGUCGUUUGCAGCUGCUCAGUUUCUGGACAGUCUCUUACAUAUGGUCUCAUGGGACUGAAGGUCACUUUGAAGCCAGACGUCACUGGGACCAAACAGCCAGAUGAAAUCCUGUGGAAGCAUAAUGGCAACAAAGUGGUGGAGUUUGACGGAAGGAAGCAGCAGGAGUUCAGUCUGUUUGAAAACCGGGUCACCCUUGACUGGAUUUCUGCAGAACUGAGUAUCACAGGCCUCAGAUUGGACGACAGUGGAGAGUAUGAUUUAGAGGUUUACGCAAACAAAGUGUUGAAACGGCAAACAUUGAAUUUGGAGGUUUUAGAAAAGCUUGCCAAACCAAACAUAACAUGUGAGACGAGCAAUGAUGGAGAAGAGGCAACGUUGACCUGCUCGGUGGAGUCCACACAACCUCAGAACUUAAUGUAUGAAUGGAUCUACCAUGGCCCUGGUCAAUGGUUGACAGUACCACUAAGUGAUAAAAGUACAGAAUAUACCUGUAUAGUGAGAAACCGUCUGAGCAAUGCAACAGCCACAGUCACUGCCAAAACCUGCUACCCUGAUGAAGGUGUCUCCACUCUGAUCAUCAGCCUGAUUGGUGCAGCUGUCCUAUUAGGAGCGGUCAUAGCAGUUGUUGUAGGCAUCAUAUGCUGCAAGAGAUAUAAUAAAGGUUUGAAUAAUGAGACACCACAUAAUGACGAAGAAUCACAUCUUGUGCACAGAACACCAACUGUUCCCUCUAGUCAGCGACUUGGUGGGUCUGUGAGACAACAGGUUCAGGAGUUUGAAAAAAAUCCUCAUAUUAGGAGUCUGUUCUCAGGCACAGCAACAGUAGCUUCACCUAGAAAGUCGUCUAGUGAAGGUGCGAACAGCAGCAAUAAAGGUGAAGCAGAUUCAGAACCACUGGAUCCUUCACAUUCUGACCAGGAAGCUGAGCCAGGUUUGAAUAAUGAGGCACCUCAGAAUAAACAGAGCAACGCUCCCAGUGAAGAUGCUGCUUCCUCUGCUCAGCAACCUAUCAGUCCGUCCCACGAUGAUACUAAUAUGACAUCUACAUGUGGUGAACCUGAUAAUAAAAAUGAUCACACUGACAAAGUUGAUGGUCAAAGUCAGAUGCCACCAGAAGGUUUGAAUAAUGAGGCACCUCAGAAUAAACACAUCAAGCCUCCCGGUGAACCUGCUGCUUCCUCUGCUCAGCAACCUGUCAAUCUGUCCCACGAUGACACUAAUAUGACAUCUACAUGUGAUGAACCUGAUAAUAAAAAUGGUCACACUGACAAAGUUGAUGGUCAAAGUCAGAUGCCACCAGAAGGAAAUGUCCAAGAAGUUGUUUCAAAUUUUGAAAAUAUCCCAAACAAUCGAACAGAUACAAAACAGUCUUUUUGUGCAGAGACAAAACAACUAGACGCUUUACAUCCUGAGCAGGGAACUGAAGCAGGUUUGAAUAAUGAGGCACCUCAGAAUAAACACAGCAACCCUCCCAGUGAACCUGCUACAUCCUCUGCUCAGCAACCUGUCAGUCCAUCCCACGGUGAUAUUAAUAUGAAAUCUACAUGUGAUGAACCUGAUAAUAAAAAUAUUCCAAAUGGAAAAGUUGAUGGUCAAAGCCAGAUGCCACCAGAAGAUCAACAAAAGCAGCUGUGUAAAGAUGGGGGUGAAGAACCUCCUGCAAAGGAGACAGUCAGACCUCCUGUUCCUCGGCCACGUCUGAGCAAGCGGUUUCCAGCUGUGGGAACCAAGGAUACUACUGAACACAAUGAAGGUGCAGACUCUGAUCAGGUGACAGACAAAACUAAAGAGGAAAAUGUUAAACUUUCUGAAUGUGAGAAAAACAACGAUCCAAAUAAAAAAAGUCAAAUAGGAAAAGCAGUUUCUGAUCAAACUGAAUCAGACAAUAAUCAGUGUCAGAGUCCUCCAAUCCCAGAAAAACCAGACCAGAGCAACUCACUACAGGAGUCUCCAGAUGCCACACAUUCUGACUUAGAUCAACAAACACAAUAUAAGGUGGAGUGUGAUUCACCCAAGUGUGAGGAGCAGUCAGACAACAACACAACUGUCAGCAAGGAAAACAAUGGUAAAGAGGAAGGAGACACUGAUGACAAUGAAGGCCAAUGCAGUGGAAAAGAAAAGCAGCCAGACAAGGAGAGUGAUGAUGAAGACACAAGGUUAGAAGAGUCAGAUGAAGAUGGUGAUGAUGAAGAUACAGAACAGAAGAUGUUAUUAAAAUAACUGUUAUAAAAAUGAUAAUAGUACAUAACGUUAGCGUUGAAUGACAUUUUGUCAAGUACUUGUUGUUUCUUAUUUAUUAAGAUUUCUUGGGUGCUGUUGCUUGUAACUACUUGUUAUAGUUUGUUUCAUUACAUUUAAUGAUGAUGCAUAAAUGUGUCAGCUAAUGAUGCUCUGUUUAAUUAAGCUUUAUUUAACAGCAUUAGUCUGGUAAAGCUCAUCUCUACCUGUGUUAAAGACACUACAGUGGAACUAACUUCUGUUCUGGAAAGAUACUGAGUUAUUAGUAUAUUAUAUACAGCCAUUGGCAAAUUCAUUAGACAGAACUGCUUUUACUAGAUUGUCAUUUUUCUAUAUGGUGUAAGAGAAGUCACGGUGUUGCAGGUUCUAAUGUUUCUGGGCACCACGUUUAAAAGGAAGGAGGGGGGAUAAUAAACCAUCCCAUAAUGUAAUGCACUCUAGUAUGAAUCCUGUGACUGAUACUGAGGAUUAGUUUGCUUCCUGCUAACCAGCUGCUGUUACUAUUCCCUUCAAUGACACUACAGCUUCUACUUUUGUGCUUGUUCUCUGUUAUUUUGCUGUGGGCAGCGUUUUGAAAGGCAAAAAUGUCACUGUUCAGUAAACAGAAAUCUAAUGCAUGAAGGCACAUUCUUCUUUUUCAUCUGUGAAGUAAAGGUUUAAUAAAAAAAAUGUUCAUAAGUGUGUGUGUUUAAUAAUAAGUUGUAAUAAAUAAUUAAUUAAUUGUUAA